UUUUCGUUUAUUUAAUUAAAGUGUCCCCUAGAAACUCAUUUGCACCAUUUCCAUGGCCUUAUCCUCAUUAUCCCCUUCCCCCUUACCAACACAUGUCGCUACUCAGUAUUCAACCAAGCUUUAUCUCUCUCAUUCCACCUCUUUCUCUUUCCCUGCUAUCCAAAAUCCUCAUCAUAUCACCACUUCUACUCACAAUAAAAAAUGGCGGACCAAUGUUUCUUUCUUCCCUGCUUUCUUCAACAAGACCAAAGAUGCUACACCCAUUAAACAGGAGCUUCUUGAGGCCAUUGUACCUCUUGAUCGUGGCGCUGAUGCCACUUCUCAAGACCAGCAAAUAAUUGAUCAGAUUGCUCGCAAACUUGAUGGUUGCAAUCCAACAAAGGAGCCCCUCAAGUCAAGUCUUCUGAAUGGAAAAUGGGAACUUAUAUACACUACAUCGAAGUCAAUUUUACAGAUUCAGAGACCGAAGAUUUUGAGAUCUAGAGUAAAUUACCAAGCAGUAAAUGUAGAUACACUUCGGGCUCAGAAUAUGGAAGGAUGGCCCUUCUUCAACCAGGUAUUCGGUUUGGAAUCAAUUUUCUUGUUUUAGACAUACCCAACUUCCUUAUUUAC